AUGGUCUCAUGGCGCAGUUUGCUGGUUGCCUUCGCCGUGGAAGCAAACGGCCUGGAGCUCAAUCCAUUGGCAGAGCCUGGCCAUGAAGACUUUUUUGGCGGCAGGCCAGUGGAACGCGUCCGUGAGAUCAGCCCGAGCGACUUCGACGAGCGGGUGCGUUUGGGGAAACCCUUCGUCAUCGAAGAUGCAGGUCAAAGUCUCGACCUUGUUGGUACGAGUUGUCAGCAAUUCCACGAGCGCUUUCCUUCUGCCAAAAUGCGCGCAGAAUACACUGGCAGCAGGAAUGAAGAGUUUGUGUCGCUGGGCAGUAAGGCGUGGUUCCAAAAGGACAGGCCUCAGCAAGAACGCCUGAAGCCGAAAAGCAAGGACCUUCAAAAUGUCGCAAGAGCAAAUGCACCGUAUGUGUGGCACGUGAAGGAUGGAGGUCAUGAGGCUCCGCCAGGGGUGCGUGCUGCUGUGCAAAAGGCAUGGCAGCCACCAUACUUUGUGCGAGGCGCUGUGAACCUCCGCGAGGCCAAUGAGUCCGCGGAGUUUUGGUUUCAUCGGCGGAAUGGUGCGGUGCUGGCUCAUGCAGAUACUUACUGCAUUCCAGCAGUGUCUCUGCAAAUCACUGGCAAGAAGCGUUGGCGGUUGAUGCCACACCCCCAGGUGCAAUUUUCCCGACUUGCGCCAGAUUCACAUGACGGAGGGAUCUACAGAGCCAAUUGGCGACCGUUUUGGGAAAUUACAGUACACGAGGGUGAGGCACUUGUCUUUUUUCCAAACCUCUUCCACGAGACGCACGUGCCAGAAGAGAAUCUCGAGUGCACUGUAGCAACAACUUUCCAAAUUCAGCUGCCGGUCCCAGCACGAUACCUCAGGGCGUACCUGCCCACGUUUGCAAUGUCACACCUCUAUUAUGAGGGCCAUUGCCUGGACCUGUGGCAUCCAUAUGCUACCUUGCGACCUCCUCAGGCGGUGCAGGCAACUACAGAUGAGGCAGCAAUAGAAGAGGAGCACUCUUCCUUGCUGGCGGCCAUUGACAAGGACGCGAAUGGUUCGAUCUCUUACGAUGAGAUGGAGGCUUUCCUGGCCGCGCAGCGAGAUCCAGCUUCCCCUGGACGACGCUUUUCGUCUGCCUGGCCUCGGUGGUUUUACACGGAGGACUAUUUCUAUGAUUGGAGACCAGCUACCUCCGAAGUCGUGAGAGAGAUGGAGGCAGAAAUGUUGGAAGCCAGGAUCCAGGACACCAUGGCCUAUUUGGAUUGUUGUCCGCGCGAUGGCCUGGUUUCGGCCAAUGAACUCCUGGCGGCACUACGGCAGUGGCAUGUCGUGCAUCACCGCUUGGAUGUCACGGACCAGCUCAGGAGUGGUGGGCAGAAACGCAAAGUCCAAAUGGUCGAGAAGCAGUUUGUUGAGAGGUUGCUUGCUUAUGCUAGUACGAUUUACCAAGAUGUCUUGUUUGGCUUCACAGCAGGCUGA